UCUGCCUGUAUGAUUAGGUGUAGGUCACCUCCAUUACUAGUCCUGAGGAUGUUAUCAUCUUCCAUUUCUCACCCAAACCCUAAUCUUAAAUUACCUAAAACCAUGAAACCCACCUCACAAAACCCCCAAAUGUCUAACCUUUUCUCAAAUUCCAAUAGAAUCUCUCAAUCCAUUACACUUUCCACCGGCUGCUUCACUAGUUCUUCUGAGCCCAUCCCCAUUGUAUACCAAUCCCAAUUAACAAACCCACAACCUGAGUUGGAUGACCCCAAUCCGCUUGUGGUUGUCUCCUUCUACAAGUUUGCGGAUUUCCCCGACCAUGCUGAGUGGCGGAAGCCAUUGAAGGAGCUUUGUCAGGAACUGCGUGUUUCAGGUGGUAUCAUUCUUGCACCAGAAGGGAUCAAUGGCAGCAUAUGUGGGACGCAAGAGUCUGUGGAAAAAGUUCUUACAUUCAUUCAAAGUGAUGAACGUUUGAAGGGGCUAAGACAAAUAGAGUCUCCUGUCAGUCCUGAGGAGGAGGCUAUACAUCAUGGGCACAGCAGCGGUUCUCCUCUGGCAGCUGGGGAAGAUGCUCCCUUUCGGUGGGAUCAUGUGAGGGUCAAGUUGAAGAAAGAGAUUGUUACUCUUGGAAUGCCGGCUGUAUCACCUAUUGAAAAGGUUGGGAAGUAUGUGAAGCCUAGAGAGUGGAAUACUUUGAUUAGUGAUCCCGAUACGGUGGUGAUUGAUGUGCGCAAUAACUAUGAAACUAGAAUUGGAAAGUUUAAAGGAGCAGUCGAUCCAUUUACUACAGCAUUUCGUGAGUUUCCAUCUUGGGUGGAUGAUCAGUUCCAACUUGAGAAAACUGCUGGCAAUCAGUCAGAGUUAGGGAUGAAGGAUUCAAAUGAAAUCACCAAUAAAGAAUUGGAGAAGUUAGGGAUGAAGGAUUCAAAUGAAAUCACCAAUAAAGAAUUGGAGAGUCCAAAAAAGAAAAUGCCAAAGCGGGUUGCAAUGUACUGCACAGGAGGAAUUCGAUGUGAGAAGGCUUCCAGUUUUCUCCUAAGCAAAGGUUUCAAAGAGGUGUAUCAUUUGGAAGGAGGGAUUCUGAAAUACCUUGAGGAAGUCCCGAAGACCAAGAGCCUCUGGGAGGGUGAGUGCUUUGUGUUUGACAAGCGAGUGUCUGUUGAACAUGGAUUGGAACAAGGAACUUUCAAGCUUUGCUAUGGAUGCAAACAACCGGUAAGCGAUGCUGACAUGGAAGCCCCUGAGUGGGAGUAUGGAGUUACCUGUCCACAUUGUUACUCGUCAAAAUCUGAAGAGGAGAAAGAAAGAGCAAGAGCAAGGAAAAGACAAUUCGAGAGUUGGGGCAUUAUCGGUGGUCCUGACAAGGGUCAACGACCAACAUCAAAGACCAAUACUGUAAAUAAGAACUUUUCCCAGAUUUCAAGUUCAGUUUAGCUUAGUUGAGAGGAUGUAAUCCAAAAGAAACACAAGUUUUGUUGUUUGUUUUUCUUUUUGGCAGUUGGUGUGUAUGUGUUC